UGUACCUCAUACUGUUGAAGAAAGCAGUGAUGUAGGUCAGAGGUGUCAGAGUCAGCUUUAAGUCAGAGGUGCUGCUGGGUUUAUCGAUCGUCUCUGCAUCAGAAUCAGAGGAGGGAGGAGCUGGACACACACAUACACGAUGUUUGACAAGGCCACACGUAGUCUGCUUCACCUGACCGACCAGGAUGGCACGCUGAUUGCUGUUUCCCGACUAAAUGAUUCCGUAAAACUGAAGCCGCUUGCUGUGGUGAUUAAGUGUCCGGCGACGUGGCUGUGGCAGAGACCAAAAUACAAGCCCACAGACUUCACCCUGAAUGACCUGCUCCAGGGGAAGGCUAUUCAACCAGAGCUAGAGAAGAAGGUGUUUGUAAGUAAAUAUGAAGAGACACACAAUGGCAGUGUUACUGGAUGUGGCGAGGUGGAUAUGCCAGGAGUCAGCAUGAAAGCUAAGGGAGAAGCAUCAUCCAAGAUUUUAUCAUCUCUCGGGGAACUCCAUAAGGAAAGUGUGAUUAUACCACACUUUCUAAAAAACUCUAAAGAAAGGAAACUGGACCUUCAGCACAAUCUUUUUACACAGAUACAAGGCAAAAACCAGGUCUUCACUCUCCUGAAGGAGCGGAUCUUCACUACUAGUAACAGCACCAUUAACUUCAGUCAACUGAAAAAAGGAGGCUUUAGUGCCUUUAUUAAACUCAUCUCUCCUGCCAAGGUUCAGCUAAACGAGAGCAUCUCCCUAAAGAACUCCAGAGACGUUGCUAUUGUGAUCCCCCCACACACUGUGCUGGCCUACAGUGUCAGCGAACUGCACAUUAAAAAUGAUGGACGCUAUGAAGUGGGUGUAAGUCCUGAUGGGAUGGCAGCUGACGGCAUCGAUCAGCAUCCAGUUCACACCUGCUCAGAAGUGGACGGUUCAUGGGCACUCACACACGUAACGGAGGGAUCGUCACUGACUGCCCUGAAUAAAGAGCUGUCACGGGUGAAGACGACAUUGCAUGAACUGACUUGUCUGCCACCUGAAACUCGUUUCUCUCUGUUAAAUCUCUUUAAAGAGAUUCUACCAGACGAGGAACUUCUAUGUACUUUAGAGGAGGAGCUGGAGAGAAUGAAUGAAGAGUCGUCGGAUGAUUCUCACACUUGUUUGAUUGAAACAUUAGAUGAGCUCGUUAAGAAAUUUAAAUUGCUACGGUCCGAGGUGAACAGCACGGACGGGCUACAUGCAGACGUCUUCGGGACAAAUGGAUCUUUUCCAGAUCACAAUGGAGGUCAAAGUCCAACAGCCAAUUGGAAACCAGAUCUCAGCAUCCCUAACGGCUCAUCAGUAAAGUCGUCCUCUCAGAGACAAGCACUCCUGACUGCCCUGCACACGCUGGUCACUGCGGCUGAAGAACUGACGAAUGAUGGCCUGGUCUACUUACAGACCUGCUCUUCAGAAACAAUUAAUACACUGCAUUAUUUAGUCACUCAUCUGAUAGGUGGUUCCCAGGGAGUUCCCUUCUGUGAUCUUCCCUUUCUCCUGGAGGAUGGCGAGAUGCCGCAGGACAUGGCGCAGAUGUUCAGCUCGUCCAAUAUCACACUGAAAAGAGACAACAACAAGCUGUAUGCCGAGAUAGGAAGUGGAAGUAAAGUUCUCCCUCUGGUCCUGUGUGCUGUCGUUCAUGGCCUCGCAUUGCUCAAUGAGUCGUGUGAAAUAGACAUCGAAAUCUGAACGACGGCUCGUACUGUAGCCCGAGGAGAGACGAGAGACACCAAACAACACAAAUUCA